UGUUUACAUUUGAGUGAAGUGUCAAAAGUAGUCAACACUGCCAUCAUUACAGUCACCCCCACCUCAUCCCUACCCUACAUACCGGUGCCAUUGGGUGCACAUAGGAUGGCAUCACUUCAUAGCAAACACUUGUCGCUAAUUCUUCACGCAUUCAAAUGUAUGCACCGAUUGUCUGGAAGUGAGUGCCAUUUAGUCCACUGCAAGACUAUGAGGGAUGUGUUCAACCAUUUGCGUGAUUGCCGUCAAGACAAUGACUGUCCUAAUGGUACCGCCGUUUGUCAUACAACUCUCAAACUCAUACAUCACUGGAACCGCUGCCAUCGCACAGACUGUCCCCUCUGUCAGCCCAACCGCUCUGCCAUUCAUACCAAAGCUAUGAUGUCUUUGACUGAACCACAGACCAGUCGUGCGACCGGUGAUGAGCUCAAGGAAUGGCACACUUCUGUUGGCCAUCAUAUGAGACAAAGUUUGUCUAAAAUGAUGGCCCAAUCCAUGACGGAUAACAGUGUUUCCGAUGGCAUAGGUCUACAAAUGGAUCAACUGAUCGACUCAUGUAGUCGUAUAGAGUCGGGUAUUUUCCAGAGCGCCGACAGUCGGGAACAGUACUACUAUUUAUGUGCGCAAAAAGUUUAUGACAUUCAAAGACUUAGGGCAGAGAUAUUGAAAGAGUAUGAUUUGAAAAGUGUGUCCACACUUGUGGUGACAGAUGAUAAUCAUAUGAAUGAUGAGUUGGAAGUGUUGGGUGAGUCGGAUGUGACCACAAUUGAGGAAUUGGUGAAUGACUUCGAGUUAAUCAGUUUGUGA